CAAAUAAAUACACAGUCUAUCAAGUUAUUGAAAGGGAAAUGUGUAGACAGUUAUCACAGUAUUGUGAUUAAAUUGUUUUUAUUUAACAAACACAACAUUGGAAAUACUACGUCUUGUGACAAACGUACGAUAAGGAGACAGAAAAAUAACAAUUUUCAUGUGCUAUAACAAGAGGAGUUAAUACAAAUAGUUAAGGAAUAGUGAAAAGAUAGUUUUGUAUGAUGUGCUGUUCAGUGAUACAGGAAAUUAUUCUGUGUUGUUGGUAAUGAUAAUGAGCGUCAUCUUAGUUGACAUAGUUUGUUAAACUCAUUGGCUACUUGGAUACAAAGCAAUGAUGGGGAAUCGGGGAGAAUGAGCUGUGAUACAUGGAAAGGUCAAUGUGUCGAUGUUUUUGUAGCAGAGUGUGAUAGAAACAAUAGAGAAAAUAAGCCACAUGAGAUGAUUAAAUCAGUGUAGAUCAUUGACUUCAGAAUUAUACCACUUAAAUACAGAAAAUAUAGUCAAGUGAAAUCUUUUAUUGGUCAUUUUAGGAAAUGUUUUCUAGUCAUUUUUCCUUUCUGAAAUGAAAAGUUAAUUUUAUAUAGUGUAUAAUAUAGAGACUUGAGGAAGGAACAGAAUGGCUGGAUUUACAAGCAGGAGAUAUGCCUUUGAAGAAGUGGCGUUCAAUGGAUAUAUUUAACUUUUCUCCAAGAGAGAACCCUAUUAUGGAAAGUAUAAGUAAUAAAUUUGCCGAGAUAUCUCAAUCACAUGCUGGCACCUUACUCAGAAAUCGCAGGCUGGGCAGCCUUGGUAGUGUGAAGAGUGCAGAUGAUCAGUCUGAGCAGACGGACAGUGCUAACUCUACGGUACUGCUUCAGAGGACUGCCAUUAUUCAGAAAGAUGAAAAAGGGUAUGGGUUGACAGUGAGUGGGGACAAUCCUGUCUAUGUGGCAAGUGUGAAAACUGGUGGUGCAGCAGAGAAGGCUGGGGUACAAGUCGGAGACAAGAUUAUCAAGGUGAAUGGGAAGCUGGUGACGAACUCUAACCAUACUGAGGUUGUCAAGAUGAUUAGGGCUGGAUCCUAUGUGGCGUUGACGCUGCUUGGCAAGCCAUCUAACACCCAUUUAUCCAACAGAGAUUCUAUAUAUGAGCGCGAGCCCAGUUCAAACCGAGAAUCAUCAGGAUCAUUUAGAGACUCAAUAGUUGAUAAAAUAACUGGACCACAACCAGUUGAUGCUGAGAAAGAGAAAGAAGUAAGGCAACAAAAAGUGAACACUAUACGUGUUAUGUACGAGACUGUACAUGAGGAAUAUGAUAAAUUACGGAAAGCAUGUAAAGCAAAUCCUUCAGAUAGUAAACUUCAAGAUAAGUUGCAAGAGAAGGAGAAGACAUUGAAGAUUUUAGAGGCACAGUUGAUGAGCCUACCUGGAACUGGCAACUUUAACCGAGAUUCACAGCCACCUCAGAUAAAUGUAGAUUCAGAAUCAGCCACAGAUUCUCCGCACUCAGUGACCCCAUGGCUUCCAAAGAAAGAGCGUAAACAUAUGAAACACAGCUCUUCCCCAGGGGCCAUGUAUAGCCCCGCCGAGGCCCAGGAAAGGGGUAGUGCAAAUGUUUCUAGGUCAAAAUCCGAUGUUUCAACACGCAAAAAUCCUCUUUCUGAGUAUUCCUUUGGGCACCUGGGAUAUAAGAGAACAGAAUCGAGUCCGGAGGUGUCGCAAGUAAGCACAGGAAAAAAAGUAAAAAAAAGUGCCAGUUUCAAAGGGUUUUGUAGAACGUAUGCCCGUAAGAUGAAAUCUAGCACUGCUUCUGUACCUUACACAGUUUCAGAUCUGGGCUCUGAUUCACCGUGUACCAGUCCAAGUUGUUCACCUACACCAAUACAUAGUCAAAACCUAGAUAUAGAUACAGUUACUGGAGACUCCGGCAUUGAGGACGGAAGUCAGAACUCUAUAGUGAUGUCUACCAGGGCAAGUACGCAUAUAAUUGGUAUGGAUGAUGAUGAUUUUGCAUCAGAUGAUGAAAGUUUUGACUACGAGCGAAGAUCUAAACCUCCUGUCUCACCAUUUUUGAUUAAGCUUCAGAACUUUGAGACAGGGGACAGUAAAGUGUUCAGCGACCUACGUGUGUUGGAGACCAAGCCAGCUCACAUGGCGAUAUUUAUGCACUACGUUUUAACACAUCAUAAUCCUGCGCCACUUUUAUUCUAUCAAAUGACGAGUCUGUACAUGAAUGCUCAGGGCAGCUGUAAAGAUUUAAAGAAAUGGGCGUAUGAAAUUCAUUCAACAUUUAUUGUACAUUCAGCUCCUUUAAGAGUGCCAUCAUUGGGUGAUCACAUCGUACAAGAGGUAGAUACUAUGUUAAUGUUCAAGUCAGAACGGGAAGAACAACUACGUUCUAUAUUUGGUAACGCACGGACUGUUGCUAAGGACGAUGUACAGAAACUUCUAGAAGAUCUCAGACAGAAGAAAGAACAAGGUUUGAUAGAGGGCUCAGGGGAUCUGAAAGAUCACAUGGAUAGAAGUGAAGAGUUAAAAAUUGUAGAAAAAUACUUGUUUUCUGAUCUGGAAAAAUGUGUAUCAAGUGAAGAAGAUGACAAAAUGUCGGCCCAGGGCUGGGCGAUCGCUACAUUCCUCCGUCACAGUGGCCUCAGUAAACCCACUUCUCACAGUAGUAAUAUCUUAGAACGUGUGCCAAGUUUUGUCACUAAAGAUAAACAGAUGUCUAAAUUUAAAUUCAGUAAUAAAUCAAAGACCAAGAGCCAUAAAGGUCAUCAGUUUGUAUUAAGUCAUCUCUAUAAAAAGGAAAACUGUCUGAAAUGUAAUAAAGUGCUAUGGGGAGUUGGUUUCCAAGGUUACCAGUGUCAAACAUGUGAUCUGUGUGUACAUAGACAGUGUGUUGAUGAUCUAGAAGAAGUGUGUAAUAAGAAGAAGAAUAAACGUGCCUCAACUGCAUUAAAUGUCUUCAAACCAAAGUCAUCGCAAGGUAUAUCGGUGCGAUCUGCCUUGUCCGACAUAAUAACAUCAGCAACACCAAUGAUAAAUGAUGCGGAGAGGGAACAAGUUGGCAGUCCUACUUCCAAUCAACCAAAUGUUUUUACUCAACCACUUAAAGAUCCUGAAGACAAGGAAAUCAACGCAUUCAAGGAACAAGGCCAUUCAGUCGGGAGCUUAGUGAACCGGUUCGAGAAACAGAGUCCGGAACAGGAAACAGCCGGAAGGUAUAAUAGAUUUGGUUACUCACGGCGAUCCGCUGCAGAAUUUUCACCGAGAAUUACCAGGAAAAAUGCUAUAUCACCAAGACACAGUCGUCGUCCCAGUAUGAACCAAUCAUUGUCAGUUCCGCCAAGGAUGAUACCAGAAUAUGAAUUAGACUAUGAUUGGAAAAAUUCCGAUAUAGGACGGUCAGAAAGUAUGAAAGGGAGAGGUGAUACAAUUACUCGACCUACAAAGCGGUCAAACAGCGACCUUGCCAUGGAUGAGAACACGUUACGAGCUCUUCAAUCAGCAAGUUCCUCUACGUCUAGUCUUAGAAGUAUGGAGAGCCCGAGUACAUCGAUGGAUACAUUGACUGCACAAAUACAGGAUGAUUCUGACUUUGAUGUGGAACCAGAACUGCCCUCACUUAAACAAGUCUUAGGUGAAGACACAGUUCGCAAACUUAAACCCAAGGAAAAGAAAAGACAAGAUGUUAUUAAUGAAUUAUUUUACACAGAGAAGUGCCAUGUACGUAACUUGAAAAUUUUGGACAAGCUGUUUUAUAGACCAAUGUUGAAAGAACAGGCCAUACCUCAGGAUUUCACAAAAAGCCUUUUUCCUAAUUUGGAAACUAUGAUUUUCCUUCAUGGUUCCCUAAAUGAUUCUAUGAAAAACCGACGUAAAGAAAAAUCUGUGAUAACCAAUGUGGGUGAUCUUUUAUUGCAAAGGUUUGAUGGUGAGGCGGGGGAGAACUUCCGUAACGGCUGUGCCAUAUUCUGUAGAAACCAGUCUCAUACGUUAGAAACUCUUAAAAUAAGAGUUCGAAAAGAACCUAAAAUGGCUCAACUUCUCUCGGAUGCAGAGAAUAAUCCACUAUGUCAAAGGCUGGCCCUGAAAGAUAUCAUUCCUAAACAAUUUAUGAGGCUGACCAAGUACCCACUGUUGAUAGAAAACCUACUUAAAUAUACACAAACUAAUACUGAAGAAUAUAGUAACCUAGAGCGGGCUCAGAAGUGCAGUAAACAUAUCUUAGAAUAUGUGAACCAGGCUGUGAAAGACUGCGAGAAUCAUCAGCGAUUAAUAGAUCUCCAGAGGAAAAUGGACAAAAAGUCCAUAGAUAACAGUCCAGAAAUGGAGGAACUUAGGACGUUUGAUUUAAGUAAACACAAGUUACUUCAUGAUGGGUCAUUAAUUUGGAGUUUAAACAAUAGAAAACAAAUAGAGCUACAUGUAGUGCUACUAGAACGUGCAAUGGUUCUCUUACAAAAACAAGACGAGAGACUCGUAUUGAAGCUGCAAAGUACGCAGCUUGUGGCGGGUAAAACUGACUCUAAGAAACAUAGUCCAUUGUUAUGGUUGAAUAAUGUGCUAGCUAGAAAUGAUGCGACAGAUAAGAAAGCAUUUUUCGUUGUGAAUACUUCCAAGGCAGGGCCGCAGAUUUACAAACUAGUUGCUGGAACAGCAGACGAACAAAAAACUUGGACCAAGUAUAUCACGCAGGCGUCAGAGGCCAUGAAGAAGAAUGAGAUCAACCAGAAGAAGAAACCUCCGGUACAAGAGGAAAUACCCAGGGAACCACCUGUACAAUCUGGUACGGAGAAUGGAGAAGUUCAGGAUAUAGAGUCGGGGACAUUGGUACACCCGGAAGAUGUCACAUUUAAUGAUCCAGUUAUCAAUACAGCCGUUCAAGUGAUUACACCGCUCGAGAAGUUACGACAGAAUGACGAACAUUUAGCUGCUGUGUUAGAGGAGAGACAAGGUCUGUUAGCAGAACUUCUCAAUGUCAACCCUAAUGAUGUCGCCGAUAAAGUUCAGGAUGUAGUUGAGGGAGAAGAGGGUGAAGGUGUACCUCAGGAAUUGAUCGCAGCAUGUCAUCAUCAGGCUUCCGAAAUCGUGAAUAUGAUGAGAGAAAAUACACCACCCCGUGUCAUGCCAAAUACAGACUCUGGCGAGCAUGUAGAGUCGGUAGAGGACAUGACUAUGCCUAUACCUAUGGAGAGAUUACGUGACAUGGCCAACAGAAUGAACCAGAUUCUUACAAAUCUACUUGCUCAAACCAGGGCUACUGCCACCAUGACUCCCAUGACACAGGCUGCAGUAAAUAGCCGGGAUGAAGAACGAGACCGUCUCCGUAGAGAGCUGAAAUUUGCGCAAGAGGAGUUAAAUCGUUUGCGACGUAUACAGAAAAAGCAGAUGGAAGCUCAGAAAGAGAAAGGGGAAGAUGUGGAAGAAGAAACUAUUGAGGAGGAAAAGCCAGGACGUCCAGCUAGCAUUGUAUCCGAGACUUCGACAGUUUCUGAAUCUGAGGGUGACGAGAACAAAGAGGAUAGUGAACAAACUGAUGAACAAGAACCAGAAGUGACAGAGGAUGGUAUGCCUGGCCUUCCAAUAGAACCAGAAAUUGUGAGUGAGCUUGAAACAUUAAAUGAGGUAUCCCCGGGAACUAUGGACACCCUAGUGGACACUGAUUCAGCUCUAGAACUAGCAGAAAUAUCAGCUCUUGAAAGUGAUGAUACAAAUACAUAUGAAGAAGCUGAAGUGGAAGCUGUUGAUGAAGAAUUACAUGAGAUGGAACCUCCAGAUGAAGAUCAAAUGGAAGACCCUGAUUUGGACACACCAAUUGUUAAAAUAAGUGCACCAGAUAAUGAAAGUGACGAUGAUGAUGAUGACGACGAUGAUGAUGAUGAUGAAGAGGAAGAAAAUAAGGAUGACGAUACAAAAGCAAAUGAAAAGACUGAAGAGUAUGAUGUUGAUGUUGAAGACGAUGUUAAUAAUGGUGAUAUUGAAUUGACAGGUCAGGUUGAAAAUGUAAUGGAUAGAUUAAAAGUUGAAGGAAACACUGAAGGUGAAAGUGACACUGAUGUUAAUAGUGAAAAAAAAGAAAGUGGAGGUGAAGAGUUUCAUGAUGCCAUUGAGGGUAAGGAGGACAGAAAUAGCACAGAAAUCACUGAAGAUCCUGGUGGUCUACAGACUGAUACUAAAACUGAUGAAGUUUUAAAGGAUAGUUCAAAAAACAGUGAUGAGAAAAGUGAAAAUGAAAAUACUGAAACUGAUGAUAAAAUCGAUAGUGGAAAUAAAGAACAGUCUAAUAAUAAUAUAGAAAUAACUGAUUCAGAUGUGAUGCUAAAACAGAAAGACAUCAGUAAUAUUGAUGAAAAUUUAAGUGAAAUAAAAGACAAUACAGUUGAUAGUUUAAAUGAGGCACAGUCGAGUGAGGAAGUUUGAGUCUUAUUGCUUAGACUUCAUUUUAUUGUUGCUGUUUUUCGUUUUUUUUAGAAAUAAAAAAAAUCACAAUUUCUGUCCUGCAUAGCCAUGAACUACAUAUCCCUGUUUUGUAAAUAAUGGUAUAUAUUAAUCUGUCCCGAGGCAAGAAAUAUAUGUAUAUGUAAAGUUAAAGGAUUUAAAAUGUGUAUAAUCAUGCAAUAUACGUCAUUUUUUAUAUCAAUUGGUAGAAGUAGGUAAUGUUUGUAAGCAUUCAAUGUUAUAAAUAUUGUUGAUCAUCUGAUUCUCUGUCUGGUUGAAUAGUGAUCAUGAUAAUGUAAGAAGGGAGGAUAAAUGUUACCUAACACAUAAACAGGAGGUUAAAAUGAAUGUUAGACAGGAAUAGUUUCAGAAAAAUCAAAUCACUGUGUUUUCUUUAAUGGGUCAAAUGUUGUUGCAGUUUUUAUGGCUGAGUGAAUUUCGACGAUGGCUGGAAUUUUUGACAAAAAUUUGCUGUAUGCUUUAUAAGUGUGUUUUGAUUUUGCAUAAUGGGGUUGACCACAGAAACCAAAUCAGGGUUCAACAUUGUACAGUCAUGACUAAGUGAUGAAGUUAGUAUAGUGAGUGUAACUGAAUCCUUGUCGUCAAAGUUUUACAAUAAGUUUAUAAGACAUAGUCUUGUUUUGGAAAGUUUAGGUACAUGUGUACAGGGGACAAGGGUGAGAACAGGACUGGGUUACUGUUCGGAAAAUAUUUUAGCCAGUAUAUAAAUGUGCAAACCAAGAUUAGCGAGUUAUAAAAGUUGAUUAUAUAUAAGAUAUUUAUAUGCAGCAUAUGUUGUUUGUUUAUUUGAAGACAUCGUAGUUUGAGAUCUGUGUACGUUAAAGCUUUGAUUACAGGCUUGUUUAUGAUUGUUAAUAAAUCCAUACAUUAAGUGUACUCUGAUUAUUUGAUACUUGGAAAAAAAACACAGGUUGCUAAUGUAUUUGGCUUUAUGGUACAUGUUGUGUACUUUUAAAUACUGUUAAAUGUAUGUGUUUUUGCGUUUUAGAAACUAACGUUAUGUUUGUCAGUUAAACAGAAUUUUUUUGUGAUCUUCAUUGUAGCACAUUUAAUACAGUUUACUUAUUUAUAAAAUAAUGUCAUGGGGUACGGGAUUUAAAUUCUGUUUAUUUUAAACUUAGAAAAAAGUAUCCUGUACAAGUCAGUUUUUCCUGAGAUGGAUUUGACAGUUAAUUUAUCUUAGAGGCGGAAUAUAUAGAGUAGAUUGGUUGUUUAUAAGCUGGAACAAGCUAGUUCCUACAGAUAAAUUGUCUUUUUAUAGUUUGGUAAUUUUGUCUGAAAUGAAACUUUAAUUUAACGUUAAUUUUAUAAUUUCGUCUGAAAUAAAACAUUUCCUGAAGUCAUUUUUGAAAGAAAAGUUUACAGAUGAUAUAUAGUUGUUGACAGAUAAGUUAAAGGUCUCUAAUUCUUGUUGCCAUUUUAAGUUAUAAGGAUACUCAAGAUGGAAAGCUAGUUUGAUAUAACUGAAUGAACUUGUUCUAUAUGGUUAACCUGGGUUUUAUCUUAACUGGAAUUAUAUUUGUACAUUGUUAUUUGUUUGAGGUCAGGUGUCAGUCAUGCCCUGUAAUUUAAGGAUUUUUGGAAGAUUUUAACUUUUUUCUACAAAAACUACUGUUUUCUCUUAAGUGUGAAUCUAAUUUUACAAAUUAAUUAUAAUUUGUUUUGGUAAAUGAAAAUAUUGCCGUUAAACAAUUUUAACAUUCGUUUUGGUAAAUGAAAAUAUUGCCGUUUAAAUAAUUUAACAUUUAUUUUGAUUAUUGAAAAUAUUGCCGUUAAUAUAAUUGCAGAACUAAUUACUUGGAGACCAUUAUGGUUUGCAGUUAACAUAGAAGUUCUUCCAGAAGUUAAGGUUUAUUUUAACAAAAAUAGUUUGCAAAUCACUUGGACAUGGCUUAUGUCAGGAGAUCAAGUUUGUAAACUUGUGCUUAAACAAAACCGUGUAAAAAACAUCAAAGCAUUGAAUAAUAGAUGUAUUAUAAAAACUUGUACAGUUUUACAUAGAACAGUGUUGUUUCUGUUCUAAAACGUCAUUUAAUUUGUUAACAUUCACAGUGUUUUAUUUAAACGAAAUUCAUAUUAAAAAAACCUUUGUACAGCCCCAGCCAAGUCUGGAUUUAGUUAUUUGAUAUAGCAGUUAUUUGUUGAGUUUUUUUGAGUACAAGUAUAUUUUGUAAAUGGAAACUUUGUUUGUAUAUAUUAUGUAUUGUAUGUAGAUAGAUAUAUACACAUGUUGAUUGAUAACUACCAUACUGGUCUAUCAUCUACUCAUGGAAUUCAUAGUCUUUUUGUUAACCGCCUUGUUCUGGUGACGAACUUGUCCUGGUGACCAUCUUGUCCUGGUUUAGUUCAGUAACUGCCCAUUUCAAUUAAAGAAGUUUUGAAAAUUCAAGUAUAAAUCUUUGUUAUUUUAGAAAGUAUAAAUUAAAGAUAAAAUGGAGCAAUACAGAGCUUGGUUAGAUUGAUUCUAUGGCUGAGUGGUUAAGGUUGCCAACUUAAAGUCACUGCCCCUCGCUGGGUUUGAAUCAAAGAGUUUGGAUUCUUUCAUGUGAGGAAGCUAUCUAGCUUGAUUACAGAAAAUUGGUGGUUACGAUUAUUUUCCUUUUCCUAUAUGCUUUUUGUACCAUAUAAAUCCCCAUACUUGAAAAACACUCUCCAAUGAAAAAAAUUAUGAAAGAAUUUCUCAGAUGUAAUAAAUGUAGAAAAAAAAGAACGUUAAUUCCAUGAGUAGAUUGGUAGACUCUAUCAUGUUAUCCCUGGAUUUGUUUUUAAAAAGGGGACUAGAAAUAUAGUGCUUUAUGAUGUUUGUAUUAUAUAUAACGACAAAAAAAGGUAUAUAAUGUUUAAACAUACAGCACUGUGAUUGUGUUCAUUGUAUAACAUUGUAAUUUACUAAUAUAAAAAUUGACAUAGCAAAACCAGUCUUACAGCAAACUCUGCUUCUAAUAUUGUAAA